ACGCGGCAUUACACCGCAUGAUCGACAGUGCAGUGCGAAUAUCACACAACGGAAAUGGCUGAAAAGACACAGCUAGCCGAUCUCCCCUUCGUGGUAGAUUAUGCCAAAAGUGGCAGGGCAAGGUGCCGACGAUGCAACAAAAACAUUGAGUUUAACCACCUGCGACUAGGCAGGAUGGUACAGUCGCCAUACUUUGACGGUAUGCAGUCAAAUUGGUAUCAUUUCCGUUGCUUCUGGAGGGCUGCAGAGAACAAAAUGACAUCUGUUAAUGACAUAGCAAGUGUUGAAGCUCUCCGUUGGCAUGACCAGGAAAAGAUACGGGAAUAUGUCAAUUCAUUUGUAACUAAACCAUGGAUAGACAACCGACCCGACUUCGACCCAGGAGACGAAUACAUGUUUUCAAAUAGCUAUUCAUGGAGAUCCUAUGAGUGCAGUGUUUGUCAGGAGUUGGUAGCGAGUCGCGAGUCUUCGAUUGCACGUAGACAACCGGUGCCAGAUGGUAACCAAGGACAGGCAACAGUGACAUGGUACCAUGUACCCUGCUUUGCGCGGCCCGAAACUUUGGCAAGCGUCAACUGGAAGGACACCUACAGAUUGGAAAUGAUAAAUGGGCUUGAACCUUCGGAAGUAGAGCGAAUACAAGGCAUGUUCCCGAAAGUGAAGCGGCAAGCUUCGGAAACCCCAGUAGAUGAGUCAGACUCCAAGACGACUGAACUGGUCGAGCAGUACAAGGAGAAGCUCAAGGCGCAGAGUGAUUUCAUCUGGAAAGUUAGGGACGACCUGCAGAAACAAGUCACCAUUAUCGAAUCGCUACAGGAAAUACUGAGGGUCAAUAACCAGGAGGUCCCAUUUGCUGAAAGCGCGCUACUGGAUCGAGUCACCGAAUGCUUAGUAUUCGGACCUCCGGAGCCGUGCACAGAAUGUGAUGAAGGUCAGCUGGUCUUGUCCACGGGGGGUUAUCGUUGCCAAGGGAAUAUGUCUGCCUGGACAAAAUGCACUGUCUUCACGCAGGAUGUCAAGAGGAGAAAGCUGUUCGUGCCUGACUGUUUGGAGUACUUUUGGCCAGAAUUCCGAUACAAACCGUACAACGGUGGCAAACGCAUCUUCUCCAAAGACACUGUAACUGAGGAAGAUUUGAAUAGUGCGUCCACUUCAACAAGUCCUGAUCUGUCCGACGCAACUACUAGGCCUCGUCCAGACCCCACAAAACCUCUUUUCGGUCUGGAAGUAGCAUCAGCCGGCAAACUGAGCAUUCCAAUCAGCAAAGUCAAAGAAACCAUAUCCAGACUCGGCGGAACGUACACCACUAAAGUCAAGGUCAAUACUGUCUGCGUGAUCAGCACCAAAACGGAGGUGGAUUGGAAAACCCCAAAAAUCAUGCAGGCCAUGGGGCUGGGAGUUCAUGUCGUUUCACAGGACUUCCUGACGGAGCUAGAGAAAGGUGGUGACUUCAUAAAACUGGUACCUGAAUAUAAUAUCGUACCGUGGGGUAAUAACGUCCAAAAAAGAAUCAGUAACAUUGACCCUUUUGAUCGACAUAAGACAUUAUCCACCGGGAAAAGCUCACGGUCUGGGUACAAGAGAAGUUGGGGCUAUCAGAAAGGUUAUUAUAAGAAGAGAAAGUAUUCCAACGUCAAGGAUGUUGCAGGAGGCGUGGGAAAUAAGCAGUGGAAGGGAGGUGCCGCAGCGGCUGUUGAUCCCCACACUGGACUGGCAAACGAAACCCACAUUCUAAAUGAAGACGGCCAGUUGUUCAAUGCUACCUUAGGCGUGGCCGAUGCGAUAACGGGAUCGAACACCUACUACAAGAUUCAACUACUAGAGAGUUAUUUUGGCACGUACUGGUUGUUCCGGGCCUGGGGGCGGGUCGGUACAGAGAGUGGCGGGAACCGACUGUGGGAAUUUGGAGAAGCCAAAUCGCACGCACAGAAGAAGUUUAAGGAGACGUACUUUCAGAAAACCGGCAACCAGUUUGGCAGCGAGAAGUUUGAGAAAGUCCCGGGCAAGUUCUUCCCCGUCGACAUAGAUUACAGAGAAGCUGUCGUUCCCAGAGAGGAAGACAUCGAAGCCUUUCGAGGAUCCCGGCUGCCUUCUGAAAUUCAACACUUGAUGAAACUCAUCUGUGACAUAAAUUUGUUCAAAAUUGCCAUGGCUGAAUUUGAGAUCGACCUGAACAAAAUGCCUCUCGGGAAGCUAUCUAAGCCCCAGAUACAGAACGCGUACUCGGUGCUGACAGAACUUCAGACGUUGAUCGAGACUGGUGAUGCUAGUCGGAGCGCCAUACUGGAUGCAACCAACAGAUUCUACACUUUCAUCCCCCAUAACCUCGGCUUCAAGUCCAUCCCCCUCCUGGACACCCUGGAAGUUAUACAGGAAAAGACAAAAAUGUUGGAUAAUCUCCUGGAGAUAGAGGCGGCAUACAACCUCUUGGUAUCUACUGGCGAGUACUCUCCGAGGACAAAUCCCGUGGAUGUCCACUACGCGAAACUCAGAUGCGCCAUGGAGGUAGUCCCGAAACACAGUGAUGAGUUCAAGAUGAUUGAGACAUACACGAAGAAUACCCACGGUGCCACACACGACUCCUACCAACUCAAAGUGGAAGAGGUUUUUCGAUUGGAUCGUGAGGGCGAAUUCUUGCGCUUUCAACCGUUCGCGAGCAUGCACAACCGAAUGCUGCUGUGGCACGGCUCCAGACUAUCCAACUUCUGUGGCAUCCUGUCUCAGGGCCUCCGCAUUGCACCACCAGAAGCCCCAAAGACUGGCUACAUGUUUGGAAAGGGCGUGUACUUUGCCGAUAUGGUGUCGAAGAGCGCCAACUAUUGUACCACUGGCGUCAACUCGACUGGCCUGAUGCUGCUAUGUGAGGUCGCUGUUGGAAACAUGCACGAGCUGAAAGAGUCAUCUUACAUCACACAGCUGCCGGCUGACAAGCACAGUACCAAGGGUCAAGGCAAGACUUGUCCAGACCCCUCUGGUCAGUUGGUCAUUGAAAAUGGAAUCAUUGUGCCAACGGGACAGCCAGUAGCAUCCGAUGUGUCGGACAUCAGUCUGCAAUACAAUGAAUACAUCGUGUACGACGUGGCACAGAUCCGCAUGAAGUAUCUUAUCAAAAUGCAUUUCUGCGCCUAAUAUGUUGAAUGAGGGGGCGGAUCCUGGAUUUUUUUGCAGGGGAGGGGGUUUCAUCAGCCAAAACAAUGCUGAAAUGUACACAGGUUUUUU